GGAGCUGAAGAAGCAUCUCAGUUCAAGACUCAAAGUGCAGACACACAGUAGCUUGAACAAAAACAUGUUAAAACUUUCUGUCUGACUCAACCAGUCAAACUUUUCGAAGACCGUUCCCCUAUGGCAUUUUCAGAUUGUCUUUGGACCAUGUUUCCUAAAAAUGUGUGUGUGAGAGUACAGCAUGCAGACUGUCCAAGAAGGGACUUGGCACCCUCCGCACAAGUCUAAUCAUGUGUCAGGACCCAGGCCUCGACCACCUUCCAGCUCGCGCCUUGCCUCUGUGGAGACAGCUACGCCAGCUAAGAGGAUCACCUUCUACAGAAGUGGGGACAGCCAGUUUGGUGGUGUCAGGAUGGCCAUCCACAAGCGCAGCUUCAAAUGCUUUGAUGCCCUGCUGGAUGACCUUUCACAAAAGAUGCCCCUUCCAUUUGGUGUGCGGACUGUGACCACCCCCCGCGGCACACACGUUAUCAAACAUCUGGAGGACCUCCAGGAUGGGGGCUGUUACCUCUGCUCUGACCGGCGCCAGCCAAAACCAAUCAACAUGGAGCAUGCCAAUAAAGCCCGAAGCAUUUGGCACCAUCACGGCCGCAAAACCGCUCAACCAGAAACCUUGCCCACGUCCUCAUCUGGCCUUCUACCUCACAGACAUCGACGGAUCCUUCUGAUUAAAAACACCGAGCCAGGGAUGCGGAGGAGUGUGGUCCUGAACAGGAGUUCAAUCCGAAGUAUGAGGGCCUUUCUUGAGGAGGUGUCUGAGGUGAUGCAGUUCCAUGUCCGAAAAAUUUAUAGUGCAGAGGGACGCAGGGUUGACAACGUUCAAAGUCUGAUCACCUGCCCUGGAGUUUUGGUGUGUGUCGGCAGAGAGGCCCUCAGUCCCUUGCUGAUGAAGAUCCUGCGGAAGAGCUCAGAGGAAAAACUGCCAGGUUUGAGCAACAAGUCUCCCGGGCUUGGUCCCAGGACUCCUGGAAAUGGGGCUCGAUCCCCUGGUAUUCGAGAAGCAAGAUCACCCCCGCAUGGAGCUCAGUCCAGAGCCAGUGAGUGCAGUGAGGGACAGGAAAGCAGGAAAAGUGUUAACUUUGGUCUGGAAACAAAAAAGAGCAUCAUACACCCUCGUUCUGAUUCAUCUACCCGCUCCACUCGAUUGUCUUUGUCCUCAGAGAAGUCCUUUGGCAACGGUAUAAGAGCACACUCGCAACAGAGACCGGCUAUUGUGAAUGAUGAUAUUGAAAAGCGUGUCCUAGUCAACAAGGAUGGCAGUCUCUCUGUGGAGAUGAGGGUGCGUUUUCGCCUGCGCAAUGAUGAGACCUUGCAGUGGUCCACAGAGAUUGGAAAAUCGCACUCUUUGACAAGUGACUACUGCCCUCCAAGCCAUGCCCACCCCCCGUACUUACAAAACUGUCAAUCCGAAAGCUACUCUGAUUGUGCAACUGUUGACACAGAUUAUAUGGACUACUCCAGUCAUGCAUUGCAAGUGAGCCAGUGCCACUGCUGCUACCAAAUGCAAGAACAGCAGUACAACCUAUGGGAAAAUCCAAUACACAGUCAUAAGCAGCCACCUGUCCCACCCCCAUAUAUGUCGAGCCAAACCCACACUACAGUAAGACACACACAUUCCUCUGGCUCUUCGUCAUCUUGUAACUCGAUGAGAGUGGUGCGUUGCCAGGCAAAACUCUCCAACUGUGGAAGAGGUUCGGAUUCAGAGCAUAGCCAACUUGUCCAAGAGGAAACCUGUGUCGUGGAACAAGUAGAGCGUAGAUUAGACAUGGGGGAAAUUGAAGACACUAACUUAGAGGUGUGUAUGAUGAGUAGGUGCUCCAGUCGCAGUGAAGUGGUCACCCUGAAUGGCAAUGCACGAUCUCCUAGCGAGAGGUCGGUUGUGGAUAAGCCGAUGGAAGAAGAGGUGGGUCAACCACUGUCCAGAGUCAGCAGCUCAUCGCAUGUACUGCAGUCAUUAAAAGAAGACCAAGAUGUUGAUGAUGACCUGCCACCGAGCGCUUCACAAUGCUCCCACAGAACUGGGCCAUCCCCGAAAGCUCCAUUGAACAACAAUCAGCCAAUCAACCUCUCGAGUGAGCUCAACGAGCCAGACGACCAGAAGAAUCAAGCAAAUGGAACAGCAUCUGCUGCCACCUCAUGUAUGUGUGUAUCUGAGAUGAAAGAUCAAACUCUCAGAUUCAGCUCAAAUGUAAGUAGAGCUUCUUGUAUCUCCACCAAAGUUGUGAACCAAGCACACGAGAGUGAAGAGAUAAUAAGCAUUGUUAAAGCUUCAUCUGGCAUCUCAGGCCUGUCUCGGAUGUCAAGUGUGUGUCCUCACUGUGGGGGCUACAAAUGGGCAGUCACCUCCAAUCGCAGUAGUAGAGCUUCAGGGAGAUCAUGUCACACUGCUCAAGCCCAUUCAAACCCGCAUUCACCUAUCCAAAACCAAGAGAGUACAAAUGACUGUAUGAACGAUGAUGCUUUGUCUACCCAAUCCAAUAAAUCCAAUCUCACAGGACAGACAUCUGCCAUCGCCGAUGUCCUGAAAAGUGAAACAUCCAGUGCCAUUUCUAGGAUGUCCAGUCCUGAGCCAACAAGAAAGCAAGAAAGAGUCAGCUCGACUUUAAGCCACAAAUCCAACACAACACAGAAAUCUGUUUGUACUAGUGCCACAAGUGAAAAUAACAUAAAGAGAAGCUCCAGUGCUAUGUCAGGUCAGUCCAACAAGUCUCACAAGUCCAACUUGAAUGGCACCGUUGAAGGUUCCAGUGUCACAACAACAGAGAGAGCAGAGGGAGGAACCUUGUACAAACAAGACGCAAAAUCUUGUAUCUCUGACAAUGCAACUUUGGAAGACAGUCGAUCUUGUAGCCAUCCUUCUGUAAAUUCCAAUGUUUCUAUCAACUCUGGCACGGAAGACAGAUCCAAUAGUGUCCUCUCAACUACAUCAUCAAAGUCAAAUAUUUCAGGAAAGUCCAAAAUAUCAUGCCACAAGUCCACCAACAGUCAGUGGGCAAUAGAUGAGACAGUGGCGAUCGAACCAAAUGAAACGGAGGAAGAAACAGAUAUGUGCCUGGAAAAUCCAGACAUUGAAGGCAACAAGCAAGACUGUCAUACAGCUGAAGAAAGUGCGUCCAAUGCUUUGUCUGCAAAAUCAACAACCUCUUGUUGUGCAACCUGUGUCUCAAACUGCACCGCAGAUUCUCCCAAUCUAAAGGAAUCCGAUGUUUCCUCGAUUGAAGUGAAUGGAAAUAGGUCAAAUGAGGAUAAAGAGCGGGGAACCAGCCCCAUAUCUAUAAAGUCAAAAUCUUCAUUGAGCCCAUCUCCCUCUCAGAAGUCAGUUUCUACCAAGACUCUAAAAUCAACAUCCCAAAAACCAAAUGUGGUCACCAUUGAAACUCCACAAGGGGUAGAUGAGUUAAGUGAUGUAAGAGAGCCAGCACCAAAAACUGUUGACGGUGAAGAGGUGGAAGAAAGAAAUUCCCAAAGUAAAACCUCUGAACACUCUUAUGGUCAAAUGUUGUCACCAAAGCGAAUACGCUCAUCCCGGUCCCAUUUGCAGAAAGUUCGAGCUGCAUCACCUGGCAGUUCUAAUGAUAUAGCUUCUUCCAAAUCUGGAAGUUUUAAAUGCCAAUGUGUCGUAGCUUCAGCAUUUGAAGAGGCGGAGGCGAGGCAGAAGAAAAAGGAGGCGGGGGAGGAAAAUGAAGCAAUGAAACAGCAAGACAAAAUGGAACUAAAUGAAGUGGAGGACUCAAGAGGCACAGAUCAACUCAGUCAACAUUCAUCUGGGUCAGUGUCUCUUGGGUUGCCAGAUGAUCAGGAAAUGUGUGACACAGACAGCUGCAAGUCCUGCAUUUCAUUUCACGCUGCCAAUCACAACAAUGGUGUGAGGGCAGCAACUCCAAAUGUCCAGUCAAUAUCGUCUCAAAAUUCCAAAGUCAAUGAGAGUCCCAGAGCAGUCGAUAUUCCUACCAUUGAUGCACCUGAACCUGAUGGGGAUGUUGACAACCACCCAAAGGAAAAUAUUUGUGCCAGCCCAGCCUCAAGCUCCAACACUAAAAGAAUCACUGACAAAAGGACCUCAUCUUCGCUGUCAUCAGUUAGUGCCAAUGUUAAAAAUUCUAAGCUUGCUCAACAACCUGAUGGAGAUGUGACAACUGUUGAUUCUGACAAGAGUAGCUCCAAAAAGUCAGCAAGUAGAGCCAAAGAAAAAGACAAAAGCCUCAUCAACAAGGCAGCUAAUGCACACUCCAGUGGACUCUGUUCCCUCGCAUGUGACUUGGCAGCUGAUGCAAAUGUAAAUGGCUCGAAGCAGAGUAAAGGAGAAGGCACUGUCGAAGCAUCUGACGGUGGCAGCAUCCAAUCUGUCAAAACAUCGAGUUCUACAAAGAAAGGCAUCUCAGUCAGGUCCUCAAGGCAUAGCAACUCCAGAGCUUGCACUAAAGAGACACAUGGUGAAAGCACCGUGUCUGCUGCUGACCUUCUCAAGGGCACUCAGGCCGCACAUCAACACUGUCAGCAGUCAAGUAAAGCAAGCAAAGCCAGCAGCAAACAGCAUUUAGAGAAAAACAAAAGGCAUCAGAAGGAUCAGGGUGAGGGGGUAGAAGUGACCCCUGCUUGUCUACCCAAUGCAUCCCCCAGUGAAGUGGUCAGUGAUUGGUUGCGCAGCAUUCCUUCUAACAGCAACAUGAUCGCUCUUGAUGAGCUCAUUGAGGAUGUGCAUGGUAAGGAAGUGAUGGUUAAAGCUGAAGCAGAAGUAACAGAGUCUAAGGAAGAACAUCAUGAGGAAGAUAAGUCAGACAAGAUGGAGAAAGAAGUUGGGGGUGACCAGAAAGAAGAAGAAGGAUGUGCUGCAGUGAAUGAAGAAGAAAAUUCGGAUCUGGCGACAGGUGUCGGUGCAGUAAAAGCGUCUCACCAGCUCAACUCUGCAUGGAUUAGUGGAAAGGCAUUACCCAAGGACUGGCGCUCUUCAGCUGCAGUGAUGAAGGUUCUUCUCAGCUCCUCUCUGGGACGAUGUAGAAGCUUGCCUGAGGUGUCUCCAGUUUAUGGCCGCAGACUCAGCACAUCAGCCAGGGGCCUCCUGGACUGUUUGGCCCAGCUUCAGCUAAUUGAGCCUGUCAGAAGUCAGAGCUGCAACAAACAUGAGGACAGAAACCCCCAGUACAGUGACAUUAUAGCCAUUCUCCAAUCCCUUUGGCUCACUGAACCUAGGGACAUUGAGCCCAAGGACACUGGUAUCGAACAAGCGACCCCACCAAGGUCCUCAUCAGGGGUAGGCAUGAGCAGUGGAUCUGGUGGCUCGGGAAAGGACCAAGACAAUCAAGUAGGAGAUGAAACCCUCCCCAAAGAGUCUUCACAUGAUGAUGAGGCUGAGGAGAGGGUUUCAGAGGAGAGAAUAGAACCACACACCCUAGAAAUUAAGGCUGAGGUAGAACAACCUUGGCAGAGCGAGAACCAAAGUGAAGUCCCCGCAAUUCUGCAAAGUCUGAAAGAUGCAAACCCGUCAUCAUUUGACAAAAGCUCUGCCAAUAAUAGCUCCAACUCCAGCACAACCACACCACCAACUGUUUUGCAAACAUCAUUGUCAAAUAAACCAUCCCAAGAUCCCGAUCCAGUAUGGGUCUUGCACCUUCUUCAGAAGCUGGAGAAGGAAUUCAUGAACCACUACAUUGAUGCCAUGGCAGAGUUUAAAGUCCGUUGGGAUCUUGAUGACAGCCGCACCUUGGACACGAUGAUCGCAGAGCUGAGGGAUGAGGUUAGCCAACGAAUCCAGAGCAGCAUUAAACGGGAAAUGAGUAAGAUCCACAGUCGAUCUGGUCGACGCGGGAAGUCACCACGGCCUCCAAAGGGAGCAAAUCUAUCCAGGGAUUCCACCAUGACGGAGAAACGACGACGGAUGCUCAAGGUCAUGAAGAACCAGUCUGUCAAAACUGCCGAUUCCUUCAGCGAUAGCGAGAUGACAGCCGCGUUCAGCGACCAACGAAGUGAUGACGAAUACUGUCCCUGUGAUGCUUGCGUUCGCAAAAAAAUGGCAACACGGCCUCUCAAAAUGAACCCGGCAGCAGCUGAAGCUCCUGUGAUGAUGGAGUUUGAUCUCCUUAAAAUUCUUCAACUCAGGAAGACCCCAGCACCUGUCCCUACAUCUGCGCCACAGCUUAGUGAUAGGGGCAAUGGCAGUGUUGUCGUAGAAGAGGAAGUAAGGAGUUUAGAGGUUGUACAGGAGGAAGAGGAGGACAACGAAUCAAGCGACGAGUUCAAAACUGAGGAGACAGUUCCUGAUGAGGAUGAGGAGGAUCCCAUUGAAGAGGUGAAACAUGAGGGCCAUGAAGGUGAAUAUGAUGAAGAAACAGGGAACAGGGAAGCCCGGGACUCACAGACCAGUGUUGAGAAAGAGUGCACAAGGGAAGAAACACCAGAGAAGGCUGACAAAACAAUUGAUAACAUGGAAGGAGAAAGGGACGAGGAUAUUGAAGAUGACACCAAGACAGGCAAAGAAGGUGUUGGAACAAAAUAUAAUGAAGAGAAGGGCGAGAGCACCCAGGCAGAUGGAGGAGAGAGCACUGAAAGAAGUAAAGAUGGAGUGGAUGCAGAGGAGGAUGAUUGCACAGUGGACUCUCCAAAUCAAGAUCUUGAAGAAUCUACACAUUUGGAGGAUCAAGGAACCACUAAUACUUCAGCCGGAGAAGAUGAUGAUGAUGUGGAGGACGAGGAGAAGAAUCACAUUCGAGGUUCUCAAGAAGAAGGCGCGUCGUUGCAGCAAGAAAGAGCCUCACCAAAGGAUCUUAGUUCAACUGGUGAUGUCUGCGUGACCAAAGACGAGGAGGCUGAUGCCAAAGACUCCGAAACUGACGCUAACCGUCCGAGUGACACCGGGGUAGGUGAUUCAGGAAACAAGGAGGAGACAGAGGAGGUGGAAGGAGGUGCAACUGUGUUGCAUCAGAUCACCAGGACCUCAGUGGAGUCCUUGUUGGGUUCCUUGGAAGACUGAGAGCCCCGCUUCCACCUGAAACACUGAACAUGAAAUAAGGGAGGGAGUCUCAUUCACAAAUUGAUUUGAAGUCGACGCAGCAAAACACUUGAUGCACUUUAUUUCUCUGCUGUUGGGAGUCUGACAUGAAACUUGAAACUACAAUCUAGCCUACAGUCUUUAAUUCUACUCAUUUAUUUGUACAUUUUGAAGUUGUAUUUCUAAGAAAUGUAGAAUUAGUGUUACAUGAGUCAUGUUUUACUUUUUUUUGUAUUUAAUAUGUUAAAUCCGUGCUGAUUUGGCAGACUUCUCGAUAGAGUUGGUAGUUUUUAUUUAUUAUUUUUGAAUUUAUAUUCUGUGAUUUAUUUCUCUGCAUCACUGACGAGUUGGUUCCAGAACUAGCUUCUCAAAUGUAAAAAUAUGACGCACUCAAGAUUAUGAGUUUAAAUUCAUUAUUUGAAAUGGAUUGGAGACAUUCAACAAAGUAUAGUUAUUUACUUUGAUCUUGAGUCACACAGAUGUUUCUAAGCUGUUUGAAACUGUUAGAAGCCUUAAUAAAGUGUCAGCGCCUUGA